CGCGGCGGCGGCGGCGGCGUACGAGCAACGUUCGCCGCCGACAACGACACGUCGCGCAGUUCGGGUGACGUUGCGACGCGUGCAAGGUACCGCUGCACGCCUAACCUACCUGUUCGCGUCGCACAACGGAAAAACACAUCGCAUGGGUACCGGCGACGACGGCCGCACGACGGUCGUCCGGUUGACGCUCAGCGGUCUCGCGUUCGUCUCGUCCGCCGCGGCCGCGUGCUGCUUCCUGACAGUCUGGUCGUACUGGUACCGCGAGCUGGACGCCGACUGCGCGGACGCUUACGACUGCACGUGCCUGCUGUUCGGCUCCAGCCUGGCCAACGGGUUCGUCGGCGGUGACCGGUCCGUGUGCCGGUACGUGUUCUACUCGAUGGCCGCGUCCGCGGCACUCGCCGCCUACGCAUCCGCGUACUACGGCUGCAAGUCGCUGCUGUGCCGCCGUACGGGCCACCGACCCGUGCCGUCCGCUCGGCCACCGGAAACCAGUCCACAGAUAACCGGCUCGACGGUAUGCCUUACAAUUAUACUUGUCCUAAUGGCAUUAAAUAUGUUAAUUACGUCCAUCGUGCUAAGCAAUGGAUAUAUUUCAACAUGUUCGCAAUAUGUACAUCGAGUAAAAAGUUUUUUAAUGGUAACCGGGAAUAUGGUAGAAUUGGUAUCAAAUCGUAUGUCAUGUGCAACUAUCUAUGAUUUUAUGGAUUAUUUACAGCCUCCAUCACAACAAUUAACUUAUGAACUGCUUCAUCGACACAAGAUUAAUCCACGAGAUAAUAUUAUUAAUACGUCAACAUUAUUAAUAACAUCUAUUUUAUUGUCUUGGUUGAAUACAUCAGUAUGGAUUAUAUUUAUAUUUUUUAUUUAUUUUUUUAGGUAUAGAAAUAAGAAUUAAGGAACAAUUUUGAUUAUUAAGUAUACAAUUAAAUUCAGUGGCAUAGCCAGAAAAAUAUUUGGGUGUUAAAUUUCUAAUUUUCUCCUACAUAAGUAGGUACUAACUUUUUGGUUAUUCGAUUAUUCGAUUAAAUAAAAGAUAAAAUAUAAAAUGUGUUAUUAUUUAGUUUAUUGAAAUUUUGAAAAUUGUUUAAUGAUAUAACAUUAUACCUAUGUCUUAAAAUUAUGAUAUAUUUUACAAAAUAAGAGAGACAUUUAGGGGAGGGGGUGAGUUAUAACUCAUUAACUUCCUAACAUGCAGAUAAAUGUACGCCACUGAUUGAAUUUAUUGAAUUGAUAUUUAUUGUAAAUUAAUUCAAAAAAU